UGGUUCACCACAUCCUGUGAUAACAAAUUACAAAUGCACUAAGUUGUGUGAAACAUAUCCCAAUUGAUGGUAUAAAUAAUACAGCGUCUAGCAGUUUUACGCUGCAGUUUCGACAAGACGAUCUCGUCGCACUUGUGUUAUUGUUACUUGUUAGAAAAAAAAUGGGUACUAGCUUCUUCUUUGUGGCUUUUGUAUUAGCUUUCUGUAGUGCGACUAAUCCUGCAGAGAGCGAGAAAGUUCUCAUCACAAAAGAGACAUCUGGUGGAUGCAGUUUUGGUUUUGAACUGCUGAUAACCAAAUUAGAAAUGCUUGAACAGAAGUUAUUAAAAUUAGAUAUUCUUGAACAGAAGUUUUUCAAGUUAACAAAAUUAGAUGUUCUUGAACAGAAGUUGCUCAAGAUAGAACAAACAAUGGAGGAACAGGCGAAAAAUGUAUUCCGGUCAUGCUCGGAAGAACCAUCCAAAAUGUCGGGAAAAUAUCGACUACAACCCGAUGCCAACGAACAACCGUUUGUGGGUUUCUGUGAGCAGGAAAAGUUUGGUGGUGGAUGGCUCGUAAUUCAACAUCGUUUUGAUGGUUCGGUUAAUUUCUACCGUAACUGGACGGACUAUAAGAUUGGUUUUGGAAAAAUUGAUGGCGAAUUCUGGAUCGGACUCGAAAGGUUGCACAAGUUAACAAAGAAUAAAAAUAUGACUUUGCUGGUGGAAAUCGAAGACUACGAUGGCAAUUAUGGUUAUGGUAGUUAUAAAAGUUUUGAAAUAGGUAACGAGGCUGAGAAAUAUGUGCUGAAGCCACUAGGAGAAUAUGAAGGAUCUAUUGAUGGUGCAAUGAGGAUUCACGAGGGCGAACUGUUUACAACGCGAGAUAGUGAUAAUGACACGUUCAACGGCAAUUGUGCCCAAGAAGAAGGCGGAGCUUGGUGGUAUGCAGGUUGUGGAAACACUAACCCGAAUGGGCCUUUCCACAAGCAAGAAUCAAAAUGGAAGAAGAUUUACUGGUAUGUGCACAGAAAUGGUGUUGAGUUGAAGUUCUUCAGAAUGAUGAUCAGAUAAAAAAAUAGUGAAAGU